CAAGGCUUUCAUCCAGAUGCCCUUGUUGAAUCUUAUCCCUCCUGCCUUUCCCAGUGUCACCCAGGGAGUGAGGAGACAUAAAGCUCCUAUUCCACCUCUUGGGAUUUUCCCCUCCCCUGGAAGGCCCAUAAUCUCCUAGCUUGUCAUUCUCUUCUCAGAAGUGAUUAAGGGGCCAGGCUCCAAAGAUUAAAGGAGCAGUCUGUGGAGGGUACUGAGCAGGGGUACUCCACUUUGAGUCUAACCACUCUGUACUCUAAGAAUUAGCACCCAUGGCCCUUGUGCCAGGGAGCAGUGAGGAUGGCCCUUGGCCUAGAGAUAGCCCAGGCUCCUCCCAGCACCCGGAAAGUCCUCAGCUGACCAACCCUCUGUGGAUGGACGGAGGAGAAAUUGUCAGGGUUGAAGGCCACCAGGAUGUUCAGGUUAGUACUUCUCCACCCUGUGUCCAGCUGCUGGCUCAUCCUCCAACUUGGUCCAAGCACCCUGCUAUCCCGAUUCAGGUUGUCUCUCAAAAGACCCACCUGCCCUCCAUUGUGGUGGAAGCCUCGGAGGUGAGUGAAGACGGCGGGGAGCUUGGUUGGCCGCAUGAGGAACUGCUGCUGUUCACCGAUGAGGAAGAGGAGGCCGAGGUGUUCUUCCAGGACCAAAGUGAAGAGCCAGGCUGGACUUGGAGCCCACUGGACCCCAGAUCUCCCUCAAGAACCUUUAACCCAGAAUUCAGCUGGGGGCAGGACCAGGGAGAACAAGAGGUCUCCUGGAUUCCUGAGGACACAGAGUAUCAGGAAGCCUCCAACCCCUGUUCUCUCUGGAACCCAGCAGCCAGCUCCCGUGUUUGUAGAAGCUGCUUUGUGGAAUAUUCACAUCUCCUGCCUCCCAGGAGCUUUGAGGGAGCUGAAGAAGAAGCUGUUCAAGCGACGGCGGGUGUUGAGCCGGGAGAGGCGACUGAAGCGCCGGGUGAUCGGGGCUGUGAUAGACGAAGGGCUGAUCACGCGGCACCACCUGAAGAAGCGGGCGUGAGUGCCAGACCCUCUUCGCUUUGCUCCUCCCCACCGAGUCCCCCUUCUCCUUCCUGCCGAGCUUCACCGUCCAGUGCACGUGCCAACAUUACUCUCUCUGGGAAGAAGCGCAGAAAGCUCCUCCAGCAGAUCCGGCUGGCCCAGAAAGAGAAAGCUGCCAUGGAAGUGGAAGCCCCCACAAGGCCAGUCAGGACUAGUGAACCACGGCCCAAGCGGCAAAAGAAGACAAAAGUCUCCCAGGAUGUAGACAUGGAGGACCUUGAAGAUGAUAACUGAAUCUCUCACCCCUUCCACCAGAAGAUUCUCAGCUGGAGCCAGAAGGACUCUGGUUGUUUCAGAGGACUUUGGAGAAAGCAUUGCCCCUUUUGAUUCUCCUCAGACUCCUCUUUCUUGACGCCCUAGUGACCUGCCCCAGAGGGAUGUGUUGAGAGGAAGAGGGUGGAGAAAAAAGACUGGAGAAUGGGGCUCCCUCGCAGUCAGCUCCACUUUUAAUAAAGCCCUAGAGUUCUCACAGA